CCUCUUACCUACGCUCAGUCUCGUGCUGUCGCCCCUCUGCACCAGUCGAAAUUUGGACCACAAGAUUUCCAGAGACACCAUCAUGACCGUCGCCGAACACCCCAUUGACACCCCGCCACGCGCGCCUUCACCAGUUCAUAGGUUCGGUACGCUUGCUGUACACGCUGGAAGCCCCCAUGACCCCGUUACGGGAGCCGUGAUUGAGGCUAUCUCGCUAUCCACGACCUUUGCACAGACCAGCGUUGGGAAGCCAGUGGGCGAGUACGAGUACUCACGAUCCUCAAACCCGAACCGAGACAACUUUGAGCGCGCAGUCGCCGCUCUCGAGCAUGCUCGCUAUGCCCUCGCAUUCAGUUCUGGCUCCGCGACUACGGCCAACAUUCUGCAGUCGCUCGCCGCAGGAUCGCACGUUGUUUCCGUCUCGGACGUCUACGGUGGGACGCAUCGCUACUUCACCAAAGUAGCGCUCACACACAAUGUCAAGGUUACCUUCAGUCCGAGCAUUGAGAUCGACAUCGCUGAGCUCAUUCGCCCAGAGACGAAACUCAUCUGGAUCGAAACGCCGUCAAACCCUACACUGACGCUCGUCGACAUCCGGAAAGUCUCGACAAUCGCCCACCAGCACGGUAUCAUGGUGGUUGUGGACAAUACCUUCAUGUCACCAUACAUUCAAAACCCGCUCGACCACGGCGCGGAUAUCGUCGUCCAUUCAGUUACCAAGUACAUCAACGGCCACUCGGACGUAGUCAUGGGUGCGGCUGCCUUCAACUCGCCGGAGCUCUUCGACCGCCUGUCGUUCCUGCAGAACGCCAUCGGAGCCGUACCUUCAGCAUUCGACUGCUGGCUCGCACAUCGAGGUCUCAAGACGCUACAUCUCCGCGCUCGAGAAGCCACCAAGAACGCCACAGGUGUCGCCGAAGCUCUCGAGGCCUCAUCACACAUUAUUUCAGUCAACUACCCCGGCCUUCCCUCACACGCACAGCGCGCCAUUGCGAUAAAGCAACACCGCGAUGGCAUGGGCGGCGGUAUGCUUUCUUUCCGUAUCCACGGCGGUCACGCAGCGGCUGAGCGCUUCUGUCAGGCGACCAAGAUCUUCACUCUAGCCGAGUCACUGGGUGGAGUAGAGUCACUGGUCGAAGUUCCCAGCGCCAUGACACACGGAGGCAUUCCCAAGGAGCAGCGUGAGGCAGCGGGUGUCUUCGAUGACCUAGUCCGCAUCAGCUGCGGUAUUGAAGAUGAGGUUGAUCUAGUUGCAGACGUGCUGCAGGCGCUGGAGAAAUCGGUGGUUGGUCCGAAAAUCAAGAACGAACUUGCUUCGAAUGGCAACGGCCAGGCCUAAAAACAAUGCGGAGCAACCCUAUAUUUUCAACAUGGGCCCCUGAAAAAACCUUUGAUGGACACAUACAAAGUUAGAACUGGCGUUCGGUGUAAUUCACGACUUGAUGGGACACAUGCAGACAGUUUUCACUCGUGGCAGUAGUCUAAUCUCGCAUAGCGAGCAACAAGAUAGCAAAUGUUAUGGUCAAAACACGUUAAACUCUUUUCUUCGGUCUUCACCAGUCUUCACAGCCGCCGUCCGUCUUCUCCUUGGUUCUUUUCUC